AUGGCGUUGAAUCUAAGUGUCAAGAUUCACCCUGUGGUGUUAUUUCAAAUAGUAGAUGCUUAUGAGAGGCGAAAUGCAGAUUCACACAGAGUUAUUGGUACACUGUUGGGCACCUGCGACAAGGGGAUUGUGGAAGUGACAAACUGCUUCUGUGUACCACACAAGGAACAUGCUGACCAAGUCGAGGCCGAACUCAACUACGCCAUGGACGUGUACGAGCUAAACAGGAGAGUGAAUGCAUCAGAGAACAUUGUCGGAUGGUGGGCGACGGGCGCGGAGGUGACGAACCACUCGUCGGUGAUCCACGAGUACUACUCGCGCGAGUGCCGCGAGCCCGUGCACGUGACGCUGGACACGUCGCUGCAGGGCGCGCGCAUGGGGCUGCGCGCCUACGUCUGCGUGGCGCUGGGCGUGCCGCGCGGGAAGCAGGGCUGCAUGUUCACGCCCAUCGAUGUCGGCCUCACUUGCUACGAGCCAGAGAUCGUAGGCCUGAACUUGUGUCAGAAGACGACGGGCGCGGGCGGGCGGUCCCGGCAGGUGGCGCCGAUGCUGGACCUGGCGCAGGUGUCGGAGGCGGCGGCGGCGCUGUCGGGGCUGCUGGAGCAGGUGCUGGCGCACGUGGAGGACGUGCUGGCGGAGCGCGCGGCGCCCAACAACGCGGCCGGCCGCGAGCUGCUGGAGCUCGUCAACUCCGUGCCCAACCUCGCCGCCGACACAUUCGCGGACGCCUUCGCCUCCAGCGUCAAAGAUCUACUCAUGGUGGUGACGCUGGCGCAGCUCAUCAAGACGCAGCUGCAGCUCAACGAGAAGCUGACGCUGCUGACCUCGCAGUGA